AUGCAGAAGCAGCACGCCGCGGACUCGACCGCGCUGGCGGCGGCGAUGGGCGAGGUGCACCGCCUCCGCGUCCAGCUCGCCGCCGCGGCGCGCGCCGACCGCCGGCAGGACAUGGUGGAGGCGCUGGCCACCAUCGACGAGCUCAGGGUGAAGCUCAAGGCGAGCGAGGAGGCCGAGGCGCAGGCGCGCGCCAUGCACGAGGAGUGCAAGCAGCAGCUGGAGGCGAGCCGGGCCACCAUCGAUUCGCUGCUCACCGACGGGUCCAAGCUGAUGGACUCGUUCAGCCUCGUGGUGAAGGAGCUCGAGGAGUCGCGUGCCAAGGUCAAGGCUCUCGAGGACGAGAUCGCGGAGACGUCGUCGAAGGCCGCAAGCGACCGCUGCAACUGCUCGGGCUCGGAGUCGGAGGCCGCCGAGCUGAGGGCGGAGCUGGAGGCCGCGGAGGCCAGGUACCAAGAAGAAAAGAUCCUUAGCACCGUCGAGACGCAGUGCGCGUACGAGCUCAUGGACCAGAUAAAGACAGAGCCCGGCCUGCGGCACGGCAAGCUCGCGGCGGCGCUCGAGGGCGCUAAGUCCGAGGUUAUCUUCCUCAAGGCGAGCCUGUUGGACGAAGCCCGUUCGGAUGGCUGCAUUAUUUCGUCGCUGCUUCACGAGGCUGCUGACUGGUUUAUCUCAGAGAAAAAUAUUAUUCUCGUUAGAAAUUCACGAUCAUUUACGACGAGCCACGCUCAAACGAACAGGCUGAACAAUAAGCUAGAAGCGGAGACAAGAACAGACAGCUCGGCCGACGCGCUGAAGAAGCAGCUGCAGGGCGCACUGCACGAGAACGGGCAGCUGAAGCAGGAGCUGCAUCAGUACGAGUCCGAGAAGGGCUCCGCAACCGCGAGGACGGCGGAGGCGGCGAAGAAGGGCGAGAUGGAAACCGAGCUGCGUCGCCUGCGGGUGCAGGCCGAGCAGUGGCGAAAGGCCGCGGAGACCGCCAUGGCGCUGCUGACGGUUGGCAAGGGCGGGAACGGCAUGGUCGUGGAGCGGAGCGAGUCGUGGGAGGGUGGCAAGUACGCGGGCCUCUGCGAGGAAUUGGAUGACGACGCGGCCGCCUUCCUCGUCGGCGUCCAGGAGCCCGAGACCGUGGCCGUGAGGAUGGAGAGGGAGGGAUUGAGUCGAUGA